AUGAAGGAAUCGAUCGAUACUGGUUUCUACUUCACCUCAGUGACUCAUACCGACACAUAUCCCGCCAUCGAUCCAUCGCAGCAGGAUCUAAGCAACAGAUACGUUUUUAUCACCGGAGCCUCCAAGGGGAUUGGACGCGAGACAGCAUUAUCAUAUGCGCGAGCAGGUUGCGCGGGAAUCGGCAUCGGCGCUCGAUCGGAUCUUUCAGAUUUAAUCCCUCUCAUAGAACAAGCAGCGCUGAGUGCAGGAAAGCCUGCCCCUAUAGUGAAAGCAGUUAGUUUGGAUGUGACUGACGAAGUAAGCGUGGUUGAAGCCGCUGCAUCAAUUGCCGAGGCCUUCCCGCGCGUGGACAUUCUUAUCAAUAAUGCUGGAUAUCUCGAAACAAGAGCAAAGAUUAUGGAAAGUGACCCGACGGAAUGGUGGAAGAGCUGGAAUGUGAAUGUCAAGGGUCCAUACCUGGUGACGCGCGCGUUUUUACCGCAAAUCCUAGAGCGUGGAGGGCAGAAGAUUAUUGUCAACCUGAGCAGCAUCGCCGCGCAUCUGCGAUCACCGGGCGGCUCGGCAUAUCAAACUAGCAAGCUGGCGCUCCUACGGUUUACGGAGUUUCUGGAUGUGGACCAUGGUCCCGAUGGUGUCUUGACGUUUGCUAUCCACCCUGGGGGUGUCUUGACUGACAUGGGGAAAAGACUUCCGUUGGAACGGCAACCAGCUCUAACAGAGACGCCGCAACUGUGUGCUGAUACCCUGGUGGCUUUGACGAAGGAGAGACUGGAGUGGCUGGCCGGACGAUAUGUGUCUGCGACUUGGGAUGUGGAAGAGUUGAUUAGCAAGAAGGAAGAUAUUCUCGCAAAGGAUUUGUUGAAAGUUAGAAUGUCUGUUUAA